UCAGUGCAUUAAAAAGAUACUCUCCAAGCCUACCAAGGGCAAAAUGGGGAUUGCAAAGUCUAAAUUUAACGAAUAUUGGCCUGAUGUAAAUGAGAAUAUACCAUCUCGAUUGGAGAUUGAUAUUAAAGGCCCCACGUUUGACCCUAUGCUUGGAUUUCCGAAUGGCAGAAAAGAAAGAGUGGCACCUUUGACCCACGAGGUGAUGGUGGAUGCCAAUAUUCCACUUAAAUACAGGGACUAUUGUUCUGACAAAUACUUGGACUGGCUCCAGUGCAUGCGAGAAGAGAGUUUUGGGAGGAAGUUAUUUGGUGGUGUUUGCCAUCCCGCCAAACAUUCAGUUGAAGAAUGUGUAUACAAAGACACUGUUAUCCGAUGGAAGGAGUAUGAAAGGGAGAAGCGAUUAAGAGAAAGAAGAAAGAGGCGAAUUGAAAAGGGCUUGGAACCAGACCCUGACAGCACGAAUACAGAGUUUAUGUGAUUGUGUAGAAAACAACAGCUUAUCAUUAAAUUUGAGUAGUGCUAUUGAAAGAUACAGAUGAUUUAUAAUCGUUAUUUGAAAGAAAAAAUGAUGAUAUUUAUAGAGAAAAAAACUCAUAUAUGUUGAGGGUUGAGAAAUUUGAUCAGUGAAAUCUACUAUGUUAAUAUCCUUAGAUUUUUGAAUUCCACUACUCUCUAAUGGAUUGACAAUUGUUGGUAAUGUGUACAAGGCACAUGUGUUGUAUAUGCAUGACAUGUGUAGCUCUUUGUGAAAAUGCUUGAAAAAAAGAGCAGUUUUUUGUUUGUUACUUUAGUAUUGGGUAAUAAAUAUUUGUUUGGCAUCAGA